AUGUCGGAGGCGGCGCGCAAGGGGACGGACGAGUCGGACGAGAGCCAGUGUGACUCGGGCAUCGAGUCCCUGCGCUCCCUGCGCUCCCUGCCCGAGACCGGCCCGGCCCCAGCCUCCCGGGCCCCGGGCGGCGCGGGCCCCCAGCCCUGGACCCAUCCUCCGGGCACCGGCCAAGAGCCCCCGGAGAAGGAAGACACCGAUGGCGAGAGGGCCGACUCCACCUACGGCUCCUCGUCGCUCACCGAGCCUCUGACCUUUUUGGGGGUCCCUGAGACCGAACACCCGCCCCCGGGCUCGCCGCUCCCCCCAGCCGGGGCGCUGAGUCCGCAGCAGCUGGAAGCGCUCACGUACAUCUCGGAGGAUGGAGACACGCUGGUCCACCUGGCGGUGAUUCAUGAGGCCCCCGCCGUGCUGCUCUGUUGCCUGGCUUUGCUGCCCCAGGAGGUCCUGGACAUUCAGAACAACCUUUACCAGACGGCGCUCCACCUGGCUGUGCAUCUGGACCAGCCAGGGUCAGUCCAGGCCCUCGUGCUGAAAGGGGCCAGCCGCACGCUGCAAGACCGACAUGGUGACACAGCCCUGCACGUGGCCUGCCAGCGCCAGCACCUGACCUGUGCCCGCUGCCUGCUGGAAGGACAGCCGGAGCCAGGCAGAGGACCGCCUCACUCCCUGGACCUCCAGCUGCAAAACUGGCAAGGCCUGGCCUGUCUCCACAUCGCCACUCUGCAGAGGAACCAGCCACUCAUGGAACUGCUUCUUGAAAACGGAGCUGACAUUGAUGUGCAGGAGGGCACGAGUGGGAAGACGGCACUGCACCUGGCUGUGGAGACCCAAGAGCGGAGUCUGGUACAGUUCCUGCUCCAGGCCGGGGCCCGGGUAGACGCCCGUAUGCUCAAUGGGUGCACACCCUUGCACCUUGCUGCAGGCCGGGGUCUCAAGAGCAUCUCAUCCACACUGCGAGAAGCAGGUGCCGACUCUCUGCUGAGGAACGUGGAGGACGAGACGCCCCAGGACCUGGCCGAGGAUCCCUUUGCUCUUUUGCCCUUCGAUGACCUAAAGAUCUCCGGAAAGCCACUGAUGUGUGCCGACUGA